AUGCCUCCCAAAUCUGGCCGCCUUGCUUCCAUUCUCCGUCCAUUGGGCCUGAUCUGGUUCUCUAUUUGCCUGCAUUGGGAAAUUUUGAUACAAGGGGUUCGUCGAGACGGUCUCGUCGCACUUAGCCGCCCACGACAAAUUCGAGAUGCCGCUUCAGCAAAGCUGCUCAGUAUAACGUGUAACUUAUCCCACUCGCCAUAUCUUCCCUCACUCAUCUCAUCUGGCAAUUUUAUCGCUUACGAAGACACAACAAUUGUUCCUUCUCUCGUACAAGCCGCUGGAGGUUAUGUUCUCGAACUGGGCCCUGGGCCCGGCAAUCAGAUUCAUCGCUAUGAUACCUCUCUUGUCACACGUAUCUAUGGUGUUGAACCCAAUCCCCACUUCAAAGACAAGAUAGAUGCCAACUUGGACAAGCAUAGCCUGCGCGAUAGAUAUAAGCUUAUAGUUUGUGGCAUUGAAGAUAGCGAUGUUCUGAGAGAAGAGGGAAUCACGGAGGGGAGUUUGGAUGCCGUGUUAUGCAUCCAGGUACUGUGUGCGGUAAAGGAUCCAAAGAACGUGAUGAAGGAGGUGUGGAAGCUGCUCAAACCUGGAGGUAAGUUUAUAUUCUGGGAACACGGAUGCAGUAGAGACCGUUUGACUACUGUAACGCAAGCUUGCUUGAAUCCUGCUUGGAGCACGUUUGUCGGAUGUCAUUUGACCCGGAAUGUGUUGGCGGACAUUCUCAACAGUGGAGGCUGGGAAAAUCCGCACGAUGUCGAAGAACCUGAAGAACCGUUCAGUUUGCUGCCUAGGAUUCAGGGUGUGCUUGUCAAGAAGAAGGCUUAA